AUGAAUGCAAAUAAUGGUCCAUGCAAAGUUAAAAGUUGUGAUAAAAAUGAUCCCAAUAAAUAUAAAUUUAAGAAAUUUACUGAAUAUGCUAAAAGAAAGGCUACAAGUGCUGAUACAUUUCCAAAUUAUAAUUACCUUCAAAUCGAUGAUCAACUUU